AUGUCGACUGGAACUUUCGACGCCAACAAGGCGCAGAACCUGCCCGAGAUCGAAAAGCAGAUGGCCGUCCGAUGUGUUGAGCACGCUCAGACCUACUGGAACCUCUUGGAGAAGAUCAAGCCUUCGACGCUUCGCUUAACCAAGCUCGAUGAUGAGAUGUACGAAGACUUCCAAGCCUCGUUCCCAGAGUUUGCAGAGUCCACCGACCCGAAAUCGGUAGUCAAGAUCGACGAGGAGGCCAUGAAGAGCCCUGCCGGCAAGGAAAAGUGGAGGCUCUUCAUCAACAAAUAUGAGAACAAGGUCGCCGACUUCAACUUCGGUACCCUGAUCCGAACCGAUGCUACAGACGAGUACACCCAGUUCAACACCACUUUUGUCACGCGGCUUCAAUUCUACGUCUACGAGAUCGCACGUUGCCGACGUGGCCUCAACGACUGGGUCUACGAAAAGGCGCAGAAGGAGACCGCCAAGGAGAAGGCCAAGAAGGCCACUACUGACUCCAAGUAA